AUGUCCUCAAAUAAUUUUUUCAAAGCAAGAACUAUACUGACUCCCACAUUGGACAUCGUUGAAGAGGUCAACAACCAUCUGAUGGCUAUCAUUCCUAGAGGGAAAAAAUUAUAUCUUAGUUCGGAUUCGAUUUGUAUGGAUGAAGGGAAUAUAGAGAAUCAACUAGAUUUCUAUGGUCCUGAAUUACUGAAUAGCAUAAAUUGCUCUGGUUUGCCUCCACAUAAAUUAAUACUCAAGGUUGGUGUUCCGGUGAUGUUACUGAGGAAUAUUGACCAAUCUAGUGGUCUUUGUAAUGGUACAAGGCUACAAGUUAGGAAGCUUGGAAAUCAUGUCAUAGAAUGUGAAGUCUUAACGGGUAACAAUGUUGGUCCUAUUGCUUUGAUUCCAAGAAUGAAUAUGGUACCAACAAAUGAAACCGUCCCAGUUAGAUUCCUACGAAGACAGUUUCCCAUAAUAGUAUUGUUUGUCAUGACAAUUAAUAAGUAUCAGGGACAAACUUUAUCUUAUGUUGGAUUGUACUUGUCCAAACCAAUUUUUACACAUGGCCAACUAUAUAUGGCACUUUCAAGAGUUAAGAGUAAGAGAGGUUUAAAAAUUUUACUUAUGAAUCACGUAGGAAUGUCUGCAAAUUCAACCAUUAAUAUUGUUUAUAGAGAAGUCUUUGAAAAAAUAAGAUUUUAA